ACUUGAAGCAUGUUCAUACAUUCACUCUGCUCUCAAACAUAUACCAGCCCAACUCUCAAGAACCACCGGCACCCGUUGUUACUUCGCUCACUGGACUUACGCUCACUUAAAACGCUAUCACCUGUGAAAGUUCCACUAAUAAGCUUAUCUAACGAAAGGCUUUGCAUCUGUUUGUGUAAGAAAGCAAUGAAAAAUAUCACCCCCCUUUCGCUCUGGAUUUUCCAACUUUGUGUAAUUGCAGUAUUUGCGUCCGGGGACGUUGAGAACGCUCUUUUCGAAGAUGAGUUUAAAGUGAUUCACAGUGGUGAUGGAGCGCUGCAUGAUGGGAUAACAUACAACAUGAGGAAGAGCCCAGAUCUGGAUGUCGAUGGCUGCAUCUUACAGCCUGGCAAGAAGAGCAGUUUGCAAGAGUGUGGCUUCAACGUCACAGCAAAGACUAUCUUCCUCAUCCAUGGCUGGACGAUGAGCGGGAUGUUUGAGACUUGGUUGAGGAAGCUGGUGUCUGCUGUGAUGCAGCGAGAGCCGGAUGCCAACACAAUCAUUGUUGAUUGGCUGUCAAUGGCCCACCAGCUCUACCCGGAUGCCGUCAACCACACCCACCAAGUUGGCCUCAGCCUCGCCACCACCAUUAACUGGCUCCAGGAGGAGGAAAACCUGCCCUUGCCGAAUGUGCACCUGAUUGGCUACAGCUUAGGGGCCCAUGUAGCAGGCUAUGCUGGGACAUCCGUGCGAGGGACUGUUGGCAGGAUCACUGGACUGGAUCCAGCGGGGCCCAUGUUCGAGGGGGUGGAGGAUAAGAAGCGCCUGUCCUCGGACGAUGCCGAGUUUGUGGACGUCCUGCAUACGUACACGCGUGAAGCACUGGGCUUCAGCAUUGGCAUCCAGCAGCCCAUCGGAGACAUCGACAUCUACCCGAAUGGAGGAGACGUACAGCCGGGCUGCGCCCUGUCGGAUGUGCUGGGCAGUGUUGCUGGAGGAAACUUUGUUGACGUGAUGAAGUGUGAGCACGAGCGGGCCGUGCACCUGUUUGUGGACUCCCUAAGCAAGGAGCACACGAGCUUCGCGUACCAGUGCACGGACUCGGAUCGCUUCAAGAAGGGGAUCUGCCUGAGCUGCCGGAAAAACCGCUGCAACCAGAUGGGCUACAACGCCAAGAAGACGAGGAACCGGCGUAACAGCAAGAUGUACCUGAAGACUCGUGCCGACACGCCCUUCGGAGGCACCCAUUACCAGAUGAAGAUGCAUGUGUUCAACAGAAAGCAGGCUGACGAUGCUGACCCGACCUUCUACGUGAAACUGUAUGGCGCUCACAACGACACCCACGACCUGCAUGUGAACAUUCUGGACAAAGUUGGUCUGAACCUCACCAACACAUUCCUAGUCUUCACUGAGGAUGACAUCGGGGACCUGCUUAAGAUCCGUCUAAGCUGGGAGGGGGCAUCGGAUUCCCUGGGGUCCCUCUGGAAGAAUAUCAAGAAGAACUUCUGGGGCUGGAAUAGCAGCAGCAAGCCCAACAACCAGGUGCUACAGGUUCGCAGGAUCCGCGUCAAGUGUGGAGAAACGCAGAAGAAGUUCACAUUCUGUGCCCAGGAUCCGUCAGUCACUGAGCUCACUCCAGGGCAAAGUAUUACGUACGUCAAGUGUCGCGAUGGCUGGGAGGUGAAACCUAGAAAAAGAUUUCACAUAUAAGUAUUCGGUCUGUCAAUGGGUCAUCGCCAUUGGGACCAAUAGAAGGAAGCGAUGUCGUUGAGACGCCUUCUUUUCGUCGGAGCACUUUGAAGGAGAAGCGGUGAGCACACUGGGAGGGGCAUACGCAGGCCUGGUGCCUGUGAAGAUGCACCUGGAUUUCCAUUGGCUACUGGUGGUUACAUGACUCUGCCCACCUCCUGUUAGGUUGUGGGGAAACGGCACCCGCCGGCCUUUUGGUGUGGACCUUAUGGUGCUGUCUGUCGAGACUGUCUUAAGGAUUUGCUGAGCGUUUCAUCAUGCCGACUGAUGAGGGAUUGUAUCAACUCCGACUAGAAUACUAAUAGAUGUUAUCCAUCAGAUGUUCCGGCAACCUAAUGUGGUUACUGUUUUUCCUGUAUUAAUUUAUGAAGAAUGGAAGCACUGCCAGGCCAACCUUAUUUAUAGACCCUAAGUGCAAAACCCUGUACUGAAGCACAUUUGUAACAUUAUUGAAAUAAUUUUUCAUGUCAUCUGCAGUAUCUGUAUUUAUGUUUGUAGUUUUAUGCAUGUAAAUGUGUACACGAAUGAAUGGUUUGGUUUGAGCAAGAUGUUAAACACGCUAAUUGGAGGUGAAUGUACUUUUUGCACAUGAUCUUUUAGUGUGGAAGUGUGUGCUGUGUUGUAGUUCUUUUGUUCCAUUGUUGUUGGUUUGUGUAUAUACUGUAAAUGUUUUCUCAUUUUGUAUAAUAAAAUGUGGUUCUUUCUAAUGA